AAUACGAAAGUAGAAAGUCUGCAUGCGAUGACUAAUACCGUACGGUGUAAACUGUUUCCUUGAAAUGAGAUAUAUAUAGUUUUCCUACUUAUUGACUGCCGAUUUCAAAAUGGAGCAGGACGAGGUUACGUGAGUAUGUGUCCGGUCUGUGAUGGAUGAUAAGAGAACACUACAGCCCCUGUCCCUGGGACUUCAGUCCCUCCUCAGGACUGGUGUGGCAUUGACCAGUGUGUCACAAUGUGUAGAAGAGCUGGUUUUAAAUUCAGUUGAUGCAGGUGCAACAUGUAUUGCGGUAAGGGUGGACAUGUCCUACUUCAAGGUUCAGGUGUUUGAUAAUGGACACGGAAUACAGAAAGCUGACCUGGAAACAGUCGCAGAGAGAUAUUACACGAGCAAGUGCCACGCGGUUAGUGACCUGGACAACUUGGGCUAUUUUGGUUACCGUGGCGAAGCCGUGGCCAGUCUGCGGGAGAUAUCUGCAGUGUUGGAGAUUGUCUCCAGGACCAAAUUCUCCCAACUUUCUUACUGCAAGCUGUUCCGAAAUGGAGACCCUCUUCCUGUCAUAGAAUCCAUUGUUCCUCGCCCCAGUGUGGGAACAACUGUGACAGCCCAUGAUUUGUUUUACAACUUUCCUGUCCGACAGAAACAUGCAAACGAGAAUCUGGAGUUUGAGAAGAUCAGACAGAGAUUGGAGGCCAUAGCCUUAGUCCAGUCCAGCGUCUCGGUCAGUCUGCGGAACGACAGUUCGGGGCAGGUUGUUAUGCAGACACACAAAACUAAUUCCUUGCUCAACACAUUCACAAGUUUGUUUGGGGCAGCAAAGUCAAAGUGUCUUUGUGAAAUGAAGGCUGAGAAUGAUUACUUCAAAAUUCAAGCUUAUUUAGGAAAAGAAGGCAGCUCCCGGAAAGACCAUCAGUUUGUGUAUGUAAACAAAAGACUGGUUUUGAAGACUGAUAUCAGCAAAUUACUUAACAGUCUUUUGGGAAAGUCUCUCAUUGUCAAAACUAAAACUACUUAUGCUAAAGCUCUGCUGGAGGAUAGCCCCACAAAGCAUGUAGAUCGGUAUCCAAUUUUUGUUGUUCUUGUGGACUGUGUUUUAACUGAAUACGAUAUUACAUUUGAACCAGCCAAGACUCUUGUACAAUUUAAACACUGGGAAAGUUUAAGAGAUAGCUUAGAGAAACUUGUCCAGUCAUUUCUUGUUAAGGAGAACCUUCUUUUAUCCAAAGGAGAUUCUUUUAGUCCAAAACACAGUUCAAGUGAGAAAGAGUUGUUUGAGGAGACACCAGUUGAAGCUUCUGUUGGUACUGUAGGCAGUGAGAUUCACACAAAUAAAAUCCGUGCCGGAAUGUCAUCCAAGCUGGUAAGGAGAAAAAAGGAUUUUUAUCACGAAGAAAAUAUAGGAAUCAUUAGUGAUCCGUCCCCUAAAAAUACUGGCAAUGAAGAUAUUUAUCCUUCCAAUUCUUCUACAAACCAGGCAAGUGACUCAAAUGAAGAAGCAGCACCUCAGUCGGUUUGUUUACAGACUGAUAUUCAAGAAGAUUCUGCAGUUGAACAUUUUUUUGUGGAUACUGAAGAGGAAAAAUCUUUAGUGUCAUGUGAUAUCGAAAACUGCACUAAAGAGGAAGUUAAGUGUAGAACAAAUGGACAGGAUAGCAAAGUUAAGGAUUUUAAAACCCCGCUGAUAAAUAGAACAGAGAGAAAAGAACCGCCAAUAAUUCUUCACAAGAAAGUGUGUGACAGUCAAGUACAGGCAGGCAUAGGAGAUGUGCAGGCAGACAUGGAAGAUAGCUUACAAGAUUAUGAUAUGGAGGAUCCACUGGACUUCCGCAGAACAGAUUCCCUAUCCCAAGAUAAAAUGCCUGAGGUGAACGCCAGGAGAAAUUACAUAUGCAUUACUACUCCACAUAUCUCUCCAGGUGGAAAUUCCACUCUCUCAGCAUUCCGUAAAAGUCUCCUAAGUUCAAGGAAUAGUGGAGAACGCUCAUCACGAAAGCUUUCUUUGGCAGAAAAACUACGCUUAAGAAAGAGCAAGGCAAAGCGCAUGGAAUCAAAGUCUUGUGAAAGAAAUGGAAGGCGUCCGCACCUAACAGACAUUGCAGAACAUGUCUCUGAUCAUGACUGUCCAACAAAAAGCAGAAAUUCUCUGUCACCCAUGGGACAAUCUUUCAGUCAUAAGCAACAGUCAGUGGUUCAUAAGCAACGAUCAGUGGUUCAAAACAUUUCUGUGCCAAAUGGUACCACAUCUGAUAGUCAUGUUGCUGUUCCAUAUUCCAAAAACAGUUCCACAACAACAGCUAAUGGAGAAAUAUCAGCAAGUGAUAGCGGAAGAGCUGUAGGACCCAAGUAUACUCGCAAAUCACUGGAUGAAAAACAGAUUGAUAUUUGUCAAAAGCCAAAGAGAGCCUUCAGCAUGGCAUGCCAGCAUUGUGAUAGUGAUAUUGAAAUGUGUGAAGCAUGCACAAGUGGAAGAACACGUUCCACUACAUCAGAAAGAAUACCUUGUUCAGACCUUGAUUCCAAAGCUGUUAAAUCUAACCAUAAACUACUAGAUAAUGAUAAGGAUCAGGAAUUGCAGUCUGAAGUAAACUUCAGAUCAGAUCACCAGGAAUCACUCAGUGUAGAGAGCAACCAUGUAGCCGUACAGACAGAAAGCAACCAUGUAACCAAACAGACAAGCAAAAGGGCAAGCAAAGACAUGGCAGACUCCACGGCAGCGAAACUGCCCAGAAUGACUCAAAGAAAUAUAUCGUCUGACUCGAUGGAAACAGAGAACGAUGAAAGGUCCUCCAAUAAACCUGAUUCUACUCUGCCAAAGGGUAAAUUCUUUUCUAUGUACUCGGAUUUGGAGGAAUUGACCAUCCCUGGUUCUCUUCAGCAAGGAUUGCAGUUGAAAUUUGAGACUGAAUCAGAGGCUGGAAAAAACAGCAAACUUUCCGAGGAGAGGAAGUUCAUUUAUACUGCAGGCAUGCUGCAAACAGCACAAGAUUACAACAAAAUGCAAACAGAGACAGAAAAUGUUUCUCAAAAUGUAUCGGAAAAGUUUGAAACCAGGAAUAACAUAAAAGAUUUUGAAAUAUGGCCUCCCAGAAAUGUUUACUUGAAUCAGUCGCACAAACAGGCAUGUGCAUCAGCUAAGAGGGAUAAAGAUUCAUUUGAGAAACCAAAAUCAAAACCGAACUGUCAUUUGAAGGAUCCGUUUAUUGUAGAUAUCGAUGAUACUCCGUGCAAUUCUGAAAACCGUUUAAAUGGAUUGACUGCUGAUUCAAGAUGUAUAUUGGAUGCAGCUGUUGAUUCUGAUAAUGCUCCAAACAGGAACAUGUUGGAUAUUGAUUGCAAUUUAUUUUGUGAUGAAACGCUGGAUGAUAUAGUGACCUCCAUUAGGAGGGUGAAGACUAAUAAUGAAGGAAAACAAUGUGUACCAGAAUCUGAACCUUUCUGGCACAUUGACGAUUCUCAAGAAUUCAUUCCCACCAAUCUAACAUUUGAUUCAGACUUUUCAAAGGAAAUCCAGGAGCCGAGUCGAGUGAAAUUAAACCUGUCUUUAGUCGAUUCCCUGGGAUUUAGUUUUUCUUCAGUUAAUGGCACCAGAAGUGGAGAAAAUACACCAAAUACUCCCAAUUCAGACCUAACCGUCCCAAAGUUUGAACAAAGGACCUGUUGUUCUCCUACUGGAUCAGAGGGAUUUUCUCCGGAUUUGGAUCCAGAUCAUGAACUAUCCCAUAGUCUAGCCUACUCCGGAUCCUCCAUGGAUGAUGGAAAAUUGGAGAAAGAAGUGAGUGAACAGAAUCUCAAGUGUGAUGCAUCAACUUCUGAAUGCAGUGAAAUUCCAAUGAGCUUGACAUUGUCAAGAGUCUUGGGAGAAGUGACUGACAAACCAGAGACAGGUGACCAGUCUUCAAGUAGUUGUGAAGGUGAUGGUUUUUCUAAGUGGUUUUCACUAGGAUCAAGCUGCUCAACCUGUGAAGAAAAUUCAAAAGCGCAAAAUAAUGACUUUAUGACUGUACCAGAUGUUUCUUUGUCUGAAACUACACAGCUGAUAGUGGACAGUGAACCCUGUGACACGCAUUCACAAGUGGCAGAUCAUUCGACACAAAAGUAUGAAUCCAGUGAAUGUGGUAACAGUACUCCAACCGUGCAUGUAGAUAAUCGGAGAUCCCUAGGUGUCGAGAUAGUGGAGACCAAAACAGAUGAGAACAUACCCACUGACCCUACCAAAGACACACAUAGUCCCAUAACCCCCGACACAACCAAAGACACACAUAGUCAUACACCCCCCAACACUACCAAAGACACACAUAGUCAUACACCCCCCAACACUACCAAAGACACACAUAGUCAUACACCCCCCAACACUACCAAAGACACACAUAGUCACAUAGCCCAUGACUCUGUCUUAGACACACACAAACGCAUAUUCACAGGUUCUACAAAAGAUGCACGCAGUCACAUACCCUCAUGUUCUACCAAAGACACCUGCAGUAAUCAUGAUUCUGCUGAAUGUGGUGUAUCUAGUCCAUGGUCAGAAGUAGCAGAUGAAGAUCUUUUGGAAAUGGAUGUUGGCUGUGAAAGGGUAACGGAUGAGGCGCCGCCAAAGACCUGGAUUAGAAUAGCUGAUAAAAAGACAGGACGAGAUGUUUUUGUUAAUAAGAAUACUGGUCACACUGUUACCAAUGAGAAAUUAAUUCCAAACGAAGACGACGAAGGUGAUAACGUAGAGGCAAGAGAACCUCUCCAGUGUAGACGACUGGUGAAAAGAGCAGGCACCAGCUGCCCGUCUAUAACGUCGUCAGUCCGGGCAAUGAUAGAGGAACAUUUCGACGCAGACGAUGAGAUGUCUUCUGUCAAGUGGAAGGACAAGACUACAGCAAUGGAAACUUCUAAAGCAGGGCAAAGUGUAGCAGAUCUGUUCAAGGAGUGGGAAAAUCCCGUGUUUCCUAGACCAGAUAUGGAGAUACUGAAUGCAGAGAUUCUGAAGGAGAGAACACCUGGGGCCAGCAGAGCACAGCGGUCUCUUAAUCCCUGUACAUUUACCAAGGACAUGUUGAAAACUGUAGAGGUGUUAGGGCAGAUGGAUAGAAAAUUCAUCACGUGCCUCAUGAAAACAGAGAAUUCGUCUCCUAGUACAGGUUUGAUCGUGGUCUUUGAUCAGCAUGCUGCCCAUGAGCGAGUCAGGUUGGAAGAACUAACGAAAGGUUGUUAUGAGAGUUGUGAGGGGAAACAAUUUAAGUCUUGUCUUCUGAGCCCUGAGGAGGAAUUGAAAUUGACAGAGGAAGAUGUCCGAGUAAUGGAGGCUUUUAGAGGAGAAUUUCAAAGACUUGGAAUAAACUUUUCAAGAAGUAAAUUGUCCAAAGAUUCAAUAUUGAUCAAGGAAAUUCCAUCAUGCAUCACAGCAAAAGAAGAAAAACAGAGAGAGGGCAUCGUUAUUUUAAACAUUUUGAAGAAUACCAUCACUGAACAUGUGCAGUUUUUGAAGUCCACAAAGGGUGCCAGAGAUCGUAUGCCCCUGACAAUUCACAAACUCCUGUGUGGUCUGGCUUGUCGAGGGGCUAUAAAGUUUGGAGACCCCCUGUCUAAGGAGGAAUGUGAGAACCUAAUCAUGUCCCUGGCGCGGUGUCAUCUCCCGUUCCAGUGUGCCCAUGGACGUCCCUCUGUAAUGCCGCUUGUAUCCACUGAAAAACUCCACAAAUACGUUCCCAGAAGACCAAAUUUGUGGAAGAUUGCUGGGAAGCUGCAGCACAAGAAAUAGUUCUGGAUUGUUUAUAUAUUUUAGCUAAACUUGCUUUAAAAUGACCUAUGGGAUGUCAUGGAAGGUUAUUUUUACUGUACAGAAGAUCUGUUUUCAAAUGACCUUUGAUAAGUGAAGGAAUACAGUCAGGAAUGGGAAACCAAAUGUUUGUAAAACACUCAUACAUAGCUGAUUGUGCAUUUGGUUCAUCUUAAAAAUCAGCCAAAUGUUUUCAUUCAUGAAGAUGAUCAAAAUACAUUGCAGCAUUAUAAAUGAAUUGCAUAUUAAGAACACCAUUAAAUUAAAUCAAAUUCAUAUUUUCAAAACUUCUUUAAAAAAAAAUCUUUUCUUUUUCUUUUUCUUUAUUUUUGGUUAUAUGUGUGAAUUCUUGAUAGUUUUUAUACAGUAAUAUAGCUUUAACGUGAAUGGCAUUUUCAUCUGCCUGUUGUAAAAACACAACGUUUAUUUUCUUGAACAGAGACUGUAUUCAGUUUCUUCAUCAAAUAAAUCUUGUAGUUUCAAUGAAAUAAAAUGUUUGCUGUUGUGUUGUACCUCGAAGGGGAAAGCGUACCUCUCAGGAGUUAUUGUUUUUGUACUUCAAAUGGCAAGCCAAGUAGACAUGCAUUGUAGACCCCACCCAUCUAUUCAUUGCCAGAUACUCCAAGCAAUGCAUACCAGAAAGAUAUUUUUAAAACAAAGCCUAAGGUCUAAUGGCAGCUUUCAUAGAAAAUAACAUGUGUGGUAUUUUUUGUGUUUGUAGAUUAAUUAGAUAUAUUUAUUGCUUGUUGUUUGUGGACAGAAGAUAUUGCACCUCUCUUGGUGAUUUGAGUCAUAGAAUAUUCUGCUGAAUGUGAAUAUAAAACAUAGUACAAUAUACUCAAUAUUAUAAUACUUGUAUAUUGAACUAGUGUAUAUAAUGACAUAAGUCAUUGGUUCAUUCAUCAAUACCUGUACAAUAAUUAGCUGUAUCCUACACUGUAUGUUAAUGAGAAUUCAUUAUCUGGUUGUAAUGUCUAUGGUUUGUAUGUUUUUUUCUUCUUUGAUCAAGUCAUAUUCAUCCAUUGCUUCUAUUUUUAGAUGUGUGCCUUGUUUUAAAAAUGUUUGACAUUUUCAUUUUUUAUUUGAGACAGAGUUAAUAAUGUCAUGAAACAUACAAUAUAAAUGUAGAUGCUCCGAAA